CAAAAUAAUCAACCGUUGCCUUAUUAUAUUAUAUUAUUAUAUUCAUUUCUUCUCUUUCUCUCUUCUCACUCCACUGGAAAGAAAGCCCAUUUCCCUAUAAUUAAUAAUUAAUAUACCCAUUCUCUCUUUUCACUGAACUUGGAACUGAUUGGUGUUCAAAUUUCUAAUCGAAAAACAACAACCUCGGACGAUAUUCUUUCAUAGUUUGUGAAUGUGAAUAUGUCUGUGUUUGUGAAGAAACUUGUUGAAAAGGCUUCUUUGAAGAAGCAGCAUGCAGGGUUUUCAGACAACCUGAAACCCGAAGAUUUGCACCCUUAUUUAGUUUUCCAUUACGGGAUUCCAUCAGGAUCGAUACUUCUCGCAUACGAUUCCAUUCAACAAAUUCUUGCUAUUUCAACUAAAGAUGGACAAAUCAAACUUUUCGGUAAAGAUGGCUCACAAGCUCUACUCGAAUCUUCUGAGACAAUUCCUAGCAAAUUUUUGCUUUUUAUUGAGAACCAGGGCAUUCUUCUAAAUGUAAAUGUCAAGAACCAUAUUGAGGUGUGGGAUUUAGACAGGAAAUUUUUGUCUGCUAUUCAUCACUUUGAAAGAGAAAUCAUCUCGUUUGCAGCCAUUCGCACCGGACCUUACAUGUACAUCGGAGAUUCUGGCGGAGAUGUAUCGGUCUUGAGGCUACAUCAAGACCAAUGCCGUAUUGAACUAAUGAAAUAUCGCAUUCCGUUUUCAGCCUCUCAUGGGAAGAUAAACGAAGUUGGAAGCGAUAUCGCAGCAAAAGUUAUAUUACCUCAACCGACAGCCGAAACUAAAAGGGUACUUAUUAUGUAUUCAGACGGAGUUAUUACAUUAUGGUCAAUCGAAGAAAGCAAAGUCAUAUGUACAAAUUCGAGCGGUACGACUUUGCAAUCUAUGUAUCAAGAAGCGAAGAAAGUGACAUCAGCAUGUUGGGCUUGCCCCGAUGGAACUAAAGUUGCUGUCGGAUAUAGUAACGGGGAUAUAUUCCUCUGGAAUAUUCCUUGUCCUUCAGAAUCUAAACCCGAACAAAAUUUUCAAGCAACUCCUAUUUAUAAGCUGAACCUCGGAUAUAAAGCCGAUAAAAUUCCAAUAGCAAAGCUAAAAUGGGCCGAUGCAGAUGGAAAAUCGAGUCGACUUUAUGUCUUAGGCUGCUCCGACUCUCAUUCUGCCAACUUGUUGCAGGUGGUUUUGCUGAACGAACAAACUGAAACUCGAACUAUUAAAUUGGGGCUCCAUCUCUCUGAGUCGUUGAUCGACAUGGAAAUUACGACAAGCUCGAUUGGACAAGACAAACAUAGACGUGAUUCUCUUAUUUUGCUUGGGAGGUCGAAUAACGUCUUCACUUACGAUGAUUCGUCGAUUGAAAGAUACCUCGUACAAUGCCAAACGAAGUCCUCCUCGCCUUCACUUCCAAAGGGGGAAACGAUAAAGCUACCGUAUGGUGAUUCAACCAUCACCGUAACUAAAUUCAUAACAAGCACUCCGUGUACGCCGUUUUCUUCGGAUGAGGAAUUCAAUAUGGUGGAAAAAUACGGUUUGCCGCUUUUUCCAUUUGAAAAAAGAUUAGUAAAAGAUGGAAGCAACUCAAAUUCAACCGCUUUCGUUCCGUUUUCCAAAGCGGCUAACCUGUUUAUAACCGGGCAUAGUUCGGGGGCAGUUAAUUUUUGGGAUGCGUCUCGUCCGCUUUUGCUUCUAUUAGCUUCUAUAACUCAGCAGAGUGACAACGAUACUUCCGUUAGUGGCGUACCGUUGACGGCAUUGUUCUUUAGCUACGAAUCGCACAUUCUCGUGUCUGGAGAUCAAAGCGGAACGGUUCGUAUAUACACGUUGAAAUCCGAGGCGUUUGCCCCUCAAACCUCGUUUUUGUCGUUCCAAGGGAGUACAAAGAAGGGAAGCAAUCACGUUGUUCGUAAAAUCAAAUCGGUGAAGGUAAGCGGAUCGGUACUCUCGAUAAACGCCACUGAAAAUCUCAAACAUCUUGCCGUCGGGUCUGACAAAGGAUAUGUGUCGUUAAUCGAUGCAGAGGGUCCGAAUAUCUUGUACCAAAAACACUUUGCCAGUGAAUUGUGCACCGGAAUUAUCUCCAUGCAUUUCGAAACAUGCAGCUUCCAUGGCUUCGAGAAGAAUGUUAUAAUUGUCGCAACGAAAGAUUCAUCUAUUUCGGCACUCGACAAAGAUACCGGAAAUUCACUAAGCUCUGCUGUAGUCCGUCCAAAUAAACCCUCGACUGCUUUAUUUACACGAAUUUUGGAUGGCAAUGACAUCAGCUUAAAUUCAGACAACUCCGUACAAAAGCAAACAUGUCUAUUGCUAUGUUCGGAAAAAGCCGUUUACGUUUAUUCCUUAUCGCAUUUGGUCCAGGGUGUUAAAAAAGUGGUCCACAAAAAGAAAUUCACUUCGUCUUGUUAUUGGGCGUCGACUUUUGGCUCUCCCGAUAUCGGACUAAUACUUCUAUUUUCCAGUGGCAAAAUCGAGAUAAGGUCUCUGCCGGAAUUAUCCCUUGUGAAAGAAAGUUCAAUAAGAUUACUCACAUCUUCAACUUUCAGACCGUCGGACAUUAUCGUAUCAUCGUCCAAUGACGGUGAACUCAUUAUAGUCAAUGCCGACAAGGAAUUACUCUUUGUCUCGACUUUGCUCCACAACGAGGCUUACCGACUUCUUGAAACUGUUUCCCAAGUUGUUAACAAAGACCUAAUCGGCGAUCAAGGACUGAUUUAUUCGCCAUCCACUAAAGAAAAGAAAAAGGGUAUAUUCAGCUCUGUGAUGAAAGACAAUAAAAGUAUUAAAUCGAGGAACGGGCUUGAGGUCGAAAAUGAACUAAGUGUGGAAGAAUUAUCGGCAAUAUUUUCGGCUGUUAACUUCCCAAUUGAUUGUGAAACGUCGGAAAAGAGCACUAGGAAUGAGGAUGACGUGGAUUUGGAUAUCGACGACAUCGACAUUGAAGAUCCGAAAGAGAAACGGGGGGUAGGAUAUUCGGCUAUGGCAGGAUUGAAUAGACUCAACAUUUCGAAUAAAUUUCAAGCAAUAAAAGGCAAGAUUAAAAAUGCCAAGGUCAAGAAUGAUAAAGUGCCGGUAACAGACGAGCCACACGAGGAGAAAACCGGUGCCGUUGAUCAAAUCAAGAAAAAAUAUGGAUACUCUACUUCUGGCGAGUCGGGUGUCGCGAAUACGGCAAAGGCCAAGCUAAGUGAAAAUUUGAAGAAAUUGCAGGGCAUUAACAUGAAAACGACGGAGAUGCAAGACACAGCCCGUUCGUUUUCUUCGAUGGCUAAAGAGGUUUUGAGAUAUGCUGAGAAAGAGAAGGGAACCUAAUUAAUUCGACAUAUAUUAAUUUCACACUGAUAUUUCAUAAAUCUUUUUAGCAUUGUUUGAAAUGAAAAACGUUGCUAUGUGUAGUGUUGCUGUGUGAAUAAUGAAUAUAUAUAAUUUGUCAAUGGUAUAUGCAUAAUUGAUUGACUGUA